CGAUCCAAGUCCCGGUCCCAGUCCUGAUCCCGAUCCCAGUCCCGAUCCCGAUCCCGAUCCCGAUGGACAGGUUCGUGGUUAAACGCCCCCCCGGGGAGGCAGGGAGCAGCGGGAAGAGGCCCCGGCAGGAGGAGCCUGCGCCGGGGCAGCCCCGCUGGCAGGAGAUCCGGGCCGAGGGCCUGAGCUGCGACUACCGGCUGCUGUUCGGCAAGGCCGAGGCGGACGAGAUCCUGCAGCAGCUGGAGGAGCAGGUGGAGUACUUCGAAGGUGAAAUGACCAAAGUGCAAGUGUUUGGCAAAUGGCAUGAGAUUCCAAGGAAGCAGGUAACCUAUGGAGACCCCGAGUUAACGUACACAUACUCAGGUCUUACCUUCUCCCCUAAGCCGUGGAUCCCAGUUGUGAACCGUAUCAGAGAGCGCGUCACCUCGGACACAGGACACACUUUCAAUUUCGUGCUUAUCAACAGGUACAAAGAUGGUGAGGACCACAUAGGUGAGCAUCGGGAUGACGAGAGAGAACUGGUUCCCCGCAGUCCCAUUGCAUCCGUGUCCUUUGGAGCUUGCAGGGACUUUGUCUUCAGGCACUGUGCUUCCCGAGGGAAGAAUGCAACACGCCACAUCAAGCCCAUCAAGCUGCAGCUAGCCCACGGGAGCCUCCUGAUGAUGAAGUACCCCACCAAUGUGUAUUGGUACCACAGUCUGCCCCCCCGCAAGAGAGUGCUUGCCCCAAGAGUCAACCUCACAUUUAGGAAAGUGAUGGCUAUAGCCAAGAAAUGAAAUAUUCAGCAAUCAAGCUCCCAGUCUUUUAACUCUGAAAAUAGAAGCUUUCUUUCCCAAAGUAACUCAGUUUCUCAUUCACUGUCUUUGAUGAUCCAAGGUACAAAUUAAACCAAGAGAGGAGACAGCGUUCUCAGUAACUUGCUAAUAAAGACUGCAACUGCUGAUCUUAAAUGCCAGGAAUACUUUGUCAAAUGCUGCUGUAGCUCUGCUGAUACAUGUUUUUAAUGAGCAAGACCCUUGUUCUGCUCAGGAGGAAGUUUGUUCUCAACUGAUCUGCAUCUAGCCAGUUUGUAGCCUCUGAAACAGUUUAUAAUUACUAUAAAGUACAAGGUGUGAUCAUUGGAAGCUGAUGCUGUUCAACAGGUGACACUUUCUUGUCUGCUCUGUCAAUAAGCUAUAGUUUGCUUAUUUUUUUAAGAAUAAAAUACAACUGAGACUGCCACAAAGAGGAGGAGCGCUAAGAUACAGAUGCAGUGAGUGUAGCGGGGCUGGCUGCAUGUUUUACAGUCACUGUGUCUGCAGAUACUCCUCUGCCUCCUCAGCUGAGGUGGGAGUCUGGGUUCUUUUGGUCAGUGGGAAGGAGAAAGCUGUGCAUGGACAGGGUCCUUUGUACAGAAACCAGGCAGCAUGACUUUCUGGGGAGAGACCGGGUUGGACCAUUUACAAUGCAGUGGGAAAGGCUGUGCCUUCUGAGAGUGUUUUUCUAAAUGAUUAUCCCUAGGGAUCCAUUCUGACUACCUGGAAGCCAUCACCUUCCAUGCUGCUGGUGAAUCCUGAGGAGAUGAAGAAGGACCUUCCAAAGUCACCAACAGGUCUUGUGAUGGUGCUGCCUCUUCAGAGUUCUUCUGAUUCAGCUCAGUCUGGCUGGACUUGUGAACAGGAACGUGGUAUUUGUAGAUGUCCAUGAUGAGGAACUCAUUGAACUGCACGUGUUCAUGACGCUUCAGAGGAGUGCCUUGGUUUGACCAGCUCAGUCUUUGCAGAUGGAUACACAAACACUGAGGGAGCUUCAGCAACAUUGCAGAGAAAAGGAGAGUCAAAAUCCCAUUUUCAAUGAAAAGAAACUGCUGUGCAAGUUAAAAGCGUACUAAAGGACCUGGUGAGUCUAGUGGAUAAGGAAGUGCAUCACUGAACUGUUCCUUUAUGUGCUACUAGAAAUGUUCACUCCAGUUUGUUGGAAUGAAUUGUAAAACAUGGCUAAUACUCAGUAAGUAAUGGCUCUGCACAGAGAGAGUACCAGGGAGUUACAAAUGUCUGACAUUCAAAGUCAUGCCAGGGUUAACCUCUAUCAAUAAGUACACACUACUGUUGAGGGCACUGAGGAUGAAAACUGGACAUCAGGCAAAGAGAUGAAAGAAAGAAAUUGCUGUAUAGUGGGAUUUAAAAUAGAUUUGGAGGGUUAGCUUGACUCACCUUUCCUAACUUUAACUGCUUAACAAAUGUUGUUCUCUGGUUUUCUAUGCUCUGUCCAUUCAGAAUGCCUUCUGCCUGAAUCUGAAAUCAAAAGAAAAAGAAUAAAGCCAUUUGAUUACC